CUCUUAUCCACCCCCCUCGCGCCGCCUCCUUCCAAAGGUCAAGAUAUCCUACUUGGGGCUUUAAGGGGCCUCAAGUUGGCUCAUUUCUUGAUUUGUUUUUGAUGCUCGUCUCUUUCAGACCAUCAAAAGCUACUGAAAAUUGCCUUCUCAUGACCCUUUGAAGUUCAUAAAUUAGAGGUCCCUUUUUGACACACAUAUAUUAUUCCCUCUGAAAUCUACUCUACAUUUUAGAGAAAAAAAGUUUACACCUUUAACUCUCACUGGGGUGUGUGUCCCUCAUCUUCUUGAAAAGAAAAGGGUAUGGCUCUUGUGAGUAGAAUUCCUUCAAUUUCAUCUUCUUCUGGAGCAACCCAAUUGACAAAAAUCAAAUCUUUUUGUGUUAAUCCUGUUUGUUGUAUUAACUAUGCAUCAUCUUCUUCUUCUUCCCCUUUUACUGAGAAGCAUUCAAUUGAGAGAUACCAAAGGGAUAGUUGGAUAUACAAGAAUGAAUUGGAGCAACAAUCUAGUUCUUGCCCAAUUUUACCUGAUCCUAGCUACGUGAGGGACUAUGACAUAGCUUUGCAGCUGCCUGAACUGAAGAAAAUGCUUCAGGUUUUGAGGGAGAAGAGAGAAGGGGAAGGAGGGUGUGAUAGAAAAGGGCCUGGGAAUGUGUUCUUGGUGGGUACUGGACCAGGUGAUCCUGAGUUGUUGACUGUUAAGGCUUUGAGAGUUAUUCAGAAUGCUGAUCUUUUGUUGUAUGAUAGAUUGGUUUCUAAUGAAGUCUUGGAUUUGGUUGGUCCUGAUGCUAGGCUUCUCUAUGUUGGUAAAACUGCUGGUUAUCAUAGCAGAACUCAGGAAGAAAUUCAUGAGUUGCUUCUGAGUUUUGCUGAAGCUGGGGCCAAUGUUGUGAGACUAAAAGGAGGUGACCCACUGGUAUUUGGACGAGGAGGAGAAGAGAUGGAUUUUCUUCAACAAAAGGGAAUUCAAGUUAAAGUUAUUCCAGGUAUUACUGCAGCAUCUGGGAUAUCGGCGGAGUUGGGAAUUCCAUUAACCCAUCGGGGUGUCGCAAAUAGUGUUAGAUUUCUCACUGGUCACUCAAGAAAAGGAGGAACAGACCCACUUUUUGUUGCAGAGAAUGCGGCUGACCCCGACUCUACAUUAGUUGUUUAUAUGGGCUUGUCAACGCUUCCUUCCCUGGCCUCAAAGCUCAUACAUCAUGGGUUGCCAACUGAUACACCAGCUGUUGCCAUUGAGCGAGGAACAACACCUCAACAACGCAUGGUGUUUGCAGAACUGAAGAAUCUUGCUGAUGAUAUUGUAUCUCACCAGCUAGAGUCGCCAACUUUGAUUAUCAUUGGGAAGGUGGUAGCUCUUUCACCAUUAUGGCCACACUCCACUGAAGAGUCUCCUAUCUUGGUUGAGACCAAAUCUUCAAUCAACACAUUGCAAUAGGCCAGCCUCACUGAAUGGGAUGAUCAUUUGUGAUGCCAAAACCUCAUCUCUUUCCUGCAGCCAAGCUGGACACUGCUGCAUGCUAAAUGAUGUGUAACUAUAUCAAUUCUCUUUCAGAUUGUGCAGUGAAGUCUAGUACAAUAAAGGUGAUUUCAUUUCGUGAUGCUAUGGCGAUGCGUAGAGGAGAAUCUUCAGCCAGCAUGGACUCAACGGGGCGUAUCUUUACUCUCAUUCCAGUAACUUGACAACUCUGGCUCUAUUUUCAAGAGCCAACAAGUGAACUAAGAUUUUGACAGUGUCCGAUUCUUUAAGAAAAUACUAAUACAUAAGCAUUUAUCAAGAGGCGCGAUAUGUUUUAUCGAAUAAUUGAUAAUUUUGUAAAAUGAGUUGGAAGGAUAUUAUGUUGAUGGUCUUCUUGGUGGUGUAUUUUUAUAUAUAAUUUGCCUAUUUCUAUUUUAGUUUGGUGCCAUCAUUGUCAUUGAUUGCUGAGCAAAGACUGCCUUUGUUAUGAGGUGUUUCAGUUGAUUUCUUUA